AUGGCGGCUACCAUCAACCAGGAUGCCAAAGCUGGCUCAGUAGUGGUCAUGGAGAAGACCGAUAAAAGAGACUAUCUUAUCGCUUUAGAAUCUUCAGCUCAAGAAUCAUGGAAGACCGCUCAAUCGUUCGAAGCCAAUCCACCGCCUUUACCUGAAGGUAUCAAAUCGUAUCAAGAUUUCUUUGAAAGUGGACAAUCAAUGGAAGAACUACAGAAGAAAUAUCCAAAAUGGUUCGGUACAUUCCCUUACGCUUACAUGAACGGUUCUCUCCACUUGGGUCACGCUUUCACAAUUAGUAAGAUUGAAUUCGCUGCUGGAUUUGAGAGAAUGAGGGGUAAGAAGGUUUUGUUCCCUGUUGGAUAUCAUGCCACUGGUAUGCCAAUCAAGGCCGCUUCUGAUAAAUUGAUAAGAGAGAUGGAGAUGUUCGGCGAAGAUUUCUCAGGAUACAAAGAAGAUGUAGAGGAAUCGAACGACAAUGCUAUUCCCGUCCCUACCACAACCGCCUUACCAGCCAAAUCAUUAGAAUCUACCGAUCCAUCCAAAGGUAAAAAAGGAAAACUCAACGCCAAGUCAACUGGAUUGACAUAUCAAUUCCAGAUUUUAGAAUUGAUCGGUGUACCAAGGGAUGAAUUGAAGAAGUUUGCCGAUCCAUAUUACUGGUUGAACUAUUUCCCCCCUAUAGCGAAGCAGGAUUUAACUGGUUUGGGUGCAAGGGUAGAUUGGAGAAGACAAUUCUUGACCACCGAUGCGAACCCAUACUACGACUCUUUCGUCCGAUGGCAAAUGAACAAGCUUUACCAGCAAGGUAAAGUCAAGUUCGGUAAGCGAUAUACCAUCUACUCGCCCAAGGAUGGUCAGCCAUGUAUGGACCACGAUCGUCAAUCUGGAGAAGCGGUCAACCCCCAGGAAUACACCGCUGUGAAGAUGGAAGUUCUUGAGUGGGGACCUGAAGUAAGCAGUGAAGUCAAACAGGCCGUGGGUGGGAAGAAAGCAUGGAUGGUGGCUGCUACCCUUAGACCUGAGACCAUGUACGGUCAAACCAACUGUUUCGUCGGACCUAACCUCAAAUACGGUCUCUUCGAAUCAGCCCAUAACGAACUUUUCCUCAUUACCGAACGAGCCGCUAGAAAUAUGGCUUUCCAGGGCAUCUUUGAAGGCGAGAGUGGACGAGUCGCUAAAGUCGCAGAUGUUGUCGGAUCAGAAUUACUCGGUACCAAAGUCUCUCCACCUUUCGGUGUUGCUAAGGAAGUUUACGUUCUUCCUAUGGAGGGUGUGCUCGCUACCAAGGGUACCGGUGUUGUCACUUCCGUCCCAUCCGAUUCGCCCGAUGACUACCGUACUCUCAUGGAUUUGAGGAAGAAAGCGGAGAUGUACAAGAUCAAACCUGAAUGGGCAGCCAUUGAUCCUAUCCCCGUGCUGAAGACACCUAAAUACGGUGACAUGGCCGCCGAAUUCCUCUGUAACGAGCUCAAGAUCCAAUCUCAACGAGAUAAGGAGAAGCUUGCCGAAGCGAAAGAUCUCACUUACAAGGAAGGUUUCUACAACGGUGUUAUGGUCAUUGGUGAUUUCAAGGGUGAACCUGUAGCCGAUGCUAAACCCAAGGUUAGACAACAAAUGAUCGAUGCUGGACUUGCUACACCUUAUGCCGAACCUGAAAGCGAGGUCAUUUCUCGAUCAGCCGAUGUCUGUGUAGUCGCUUUGGUCGAUCAGUGGUACCUCGACUACGGAGAAGACAGUUGGAAAUCUUCUGCUUUCAAACUUCUCGGUCAAAUGAACACUUACCAAGCCGAGACCCGAAAUGGAUUCGAAGCUGUUCUCAACUGGCUCAACAAAUGGGCUUGUGCCAGAUCAUACGGUCUAGGUUCAAAACUCCCUUGGGAUCCCGUUUGGCUCGUCGAGUCUCUUUCGGACUCUACCAUUUAUAUGUCAUACUAUACCGUCGCCAACUUGCUCCACGAAGAUAUGUUCGGUAAGAAUCCUGGUCCUCUGGGUAUAAAAGCUGAACAGAUGACCGACGAAGUAUGGGAAUACGUACUUGGUUCUGGAGAAUUACCUGCCAACUCACCUGUCGAACCUGAAAAAGCGGCUCAAUUGAAAUAUCACUUCUCCUACUUCUACCCUCUCGACAUAAGAUCCUCUGGUAAAGACUUGAUACCUAAUCAUUUGACUUUCUGGAUUUACGUCCAUGCUGCGCUCUUCCCUGAAAAACAUUGGCCCAGAGCGGUACGGACCAACGGACAUUUGAUGCUUAACGGAAAGAAGAUGUCUAAGUCGACUGGAAACUUCUUGACUAUGAAGGAAGCUACAAAGAAAUACGGUGCGGAUGCUGCGAGAUUGACUCUUGCUGAUGCCGGUGAUGAUAUUACCGAUGCGAACUUUGAGGAGACUGUCGCCAACGCUGCCAUUCUUCGACUCCACACCGCCUGUCUGUGGGCUGAGGAGAUGAAGUCGAUCGAGUCGUCGCUCCGUACUGGCGAAUACAACGAAUUCGACCGAGGUUUCCAAGCUGAGAUGGAUGCCAUGAUUGAACGAGCUUACGAAGCUUUCGAUCAAAUGGAGUUCAAGACAGCUCUCAAAGCUGGUCUAUACGACUUUGAAAACUCUCGAAACUGGUACCGACUCAUCUCCGAUCCUGCCAAUGGUGGACAGGGCAUGCACCGAGAUUUGGUAUUCCAAUGGAUCCGAAAUAACACCUUGUUGAUCGCACCAUUCACUCCUCAUUAUUCCGAACAUAUUUGGAAGAAUGUUUUAGGUGAGACAUCCAAUAUCCAAUCGGCCCAAUUCCCGAAGAUAUCUGGACCGAUCGACAAAGGAAUACUGGAACAGAUGGAUUACAUGAAAGGUGUGGUCGACAGGCUUCGAGCUGCCGAAGCUACCCUGGGUAAGAAGAAGGGUAAAGGUAAAUCUACGACCACGUACGACUCCAAUAAACCUAAACAAACUAGGAUAUACGUUGCAUCGAAGUUCCCAGAAUGGCAGGAAAAGGCCAUCGAGUUGGUCAAACAGGCUUACGAUGGGAAGGACGUGGACGAUGCGAAGUUGAAGAGUGGGUUACAGGAGUCAGGUUUGUUGAAGGAUAAGAAGGUUAUGCCAUUUGCUCAGACCAUGAAGAGAAAAGUCAUAACCGAGGGAAUAUCAGCAGUCGAUCGAACUUUACCAUUUGACGAACUUCACACCCUCAAGAUCCUCGUACCGUAUAUUCAAGCUUCAGCGAAAUUCACUAAAGUCGAUGUUCUUUCCGUUACAGAAGCUCAAGAGAUCUUGGCCAAGGAACCUGAGAAGGAGAACUACGACUCGGUGAAGAUUGAGGCUGCUCAGCCUGGUAUUCCAGAGUCACAAUUCUGGAAUGAAUAG